CCACUGAUUUCCAUCUCCACCCAAUAAAGAAAAAGAAAAAAAAAAAGAAAAAAGAAAAAAAGCGUGAUUGAUCACGGUAACCAUUCAACCCAACCGAUGUGAACCCUUUUCUCUCUUUGUGCUGAGGAAACCAAACCAUAAUUCAGAAUCGUGGUGAAUUUUGUAGCAGAGAGACAGAGUGGCGGGUUAAAUAAACAACACUGCCACUGCCACGGUUCCAAAUCUCAUUCAUUGCCAACAAUGCAAUUUCCCAUAAUUCUGCUCUCAGAUCUGACUCACUCGCUGACCACGACAAAAGAAGCACACCGAUAGGUCCUAUAAUAUAAUAGCACUGACAUAAUGAAGAAUAUAAUUUCACCUGUGCAAAGUGCUAUGCCAUCUCCCACUUUUCUUUGGAGGUUCAAGGUGACACUCUUUCUGAUUUGGGGUGUUACUUGCUGUAAGAUUGGUUGGGAUUCUGUCAUGAGAAUGGAUGCAAAUUUACGAGACCUGUUUUUAUAUGAGGCAUUUUUGUAUUACAACCCUCUCCUUCUUGUGACUAUGAUGGUUUGGCUCUGGGGAGUAAAUUUGUGGGUAUUUCUGCAAUCAACUGUAAGCUAUGCUAAGGUUUUUGAUCUUGAUCAAAACCACCUUACUAACAAAGAGAUAUGGAAGUGUAGCACUUGGAUGACAAUCAUUGUCCCUACUAGCAUGACUGCUUAUCUCUAUCUCUAUUCUCAUGGGGAAGUAUCAUUGGCUGCAUCUCAACCAGUGCUUCUCUACAUUCUUGUUGCAGUAAUCUUGAUCUUUCCCUUUGAUAUUUUCUAUUUGUCCUCUCGGUACUUCUUUUUGAGGACACUAUUUCGGAUAGCUUUUCCUUUACAGCCAAUAUCAUUUCCCGACUUUUUCGUGGCUGAUAUUUUAACCUCCAUGGCAAAGGUAUUUUCAGAUUUGGAACGUUCAGUUUGCAGAAUGGUAAACAGACAGGUUGCCACAAUUGCUUGGCUUGAAGCUGAUUCAGUUUGCGGUGGUCACUCAGUUGCAAUACCAAUAGUCCUUGUUCUUCCUUAUAUAUGGCGUUUAUUGCAAUGUCUUCGCCAGUACAGAGAUACCAAAGAAAAAAAUUGUCUCUUCAAUGCUUUAAAAUAUUCAACAGCAGUUCCAGUAAUUUUUCUUUCAGCUCUUAAAUACCAUGUCCUCCAUGAGAAAUGGACAUCUCUUUAUAGGCCAUUGUGGCUUCUCUCAAGUGUCAUUAAUUCCCUCUAUUCAUUUUACUGGGAUAUAACCCGGGAUUGGGAUUUAAGUGGCUUUUCUCGCAUAUUCAAGUUCAACAAAUCAAAUUCAAUCUCCAACCUGUUAUAUGGUAGACAAUGGAUAUACUAUUGGGUGAUCGGAAGCAACUUCAUUUUGCGCUGCUCAUGGACAUACAAAUUAUCAGCCCAUCUCCGCCAUAACUACCUGACAGUGUUUACCAUCACUCUUUUGGAGAUGUUCCGCCGCUUCCAGUGGGUAUUUUUCAGAGUCGAAAACGAGUGGAACAAGAUCACGCGGUCUGGUGUUCAACUCACAGAAAUUCCAAGAGAGGAGGACAAAUUGCUAGGUUCCAACAUUCAUGAUGUAUAGAGAAUCUCAAGCCAACCAAAUUUUGCCAAUAUCUUCAUAUCAGCAACAGGUCUAAUUCAAUUUUUAAGCUAAUAUUAGUUCUAAUCCCAAAAGCAUUUUUCUUCAUGUGUUCCUGGCCAACCAACAUGAGGGAGUUUUCAUGCACAUGCAUGGAUGUUUGAGACUGAGAUGUAGUUGAUUCCAUUGCUGAGCGGCCUCAGCUCGACCGUUCCAUUGUAUGUUGUGUAGCUUCAUGCAAAUAUGCUUUCUUCUGGAAUGUGACGAGAUUCUGUUCGAGUCUCACAAGUUCAAUGAAAAUGAGGAAGCAAGCAUGCCAUUGCAUGCACAUGUUCACUUGUACAUUAGGAGCUGCAAGAAGUAGUACUUAAGAACAAUGGUGGCCAACCAUUUGUUUUGUUGUUCUUUAAAUUAGAUAAGCAUUUGUAACAAGAGAAUGGACACAAGUUUUGUUUGCUUGCUAUACGAGAGUCCAAUAUACAAUUUUAGUAAAACAGUUAAAUCA